AUGACAACUUUAAAAAUGAUUGAAGUGUAUACGCAAAAUGGACUACGAAAAGUACGACCCUACUAUAACACGAGAUCAGCGUUUGUAAAGGGACGCUGGUUGGGGAGGCCUUUGAUAGACGUCCUUGCUAGUGAAUUUAAACUGCGUUCAAGGGAUUAUCAUCUUGGGCAGAUACAGAAAGGCACAUAUAGGCUGAUUCGAGAUGGCGAGCCGUUGGUAGCCAGUCAGCUUAUAUCCACAGUUAUUAAGAAUCAUGAUAUUUUAGAAACAACAACUCAUAAGCAUGAGCCGCCAGUAAAACAAUGGUGUAGCCAGGCAGCUGAAUCUGAUGAUUCGGCCAGGACGAUAGCGGGAUUCAAAACUGUUUUUGAAGAUGAGAACAUCUUGGUCAUCGAUAAGCCCAAUGGUAUACCUGUGCACCCCACUGGCCAGUUUUUCCAGAAUACAAUAACUGAAGUACUAAAAUCUCACGGUGUAGAUGCUUUUCCAUGCUACCGACUGGACAAGAUCACAUCAGGUUUGUUGAUACUGGCUAAGAAUAGCCUGAGCGCAGGAGAAAUUCAGAAGAAUAUUCGCGCAAGGAAUAUGGAUAAAUACUACUUGGCAAGAGUUAAAGGGAAAUUUGCCCAUUCCGACUCGGUACUGAACGGCGAAUUUGCAAUGAAUACUCUUUUUGACGACAUUGCUAAUACUACGAUAGAGACGUCGCCCAUAUAUUCCAUCGAUCCAAAGAGACAAUUCCCGGUCGGUUUAUCGGCGUCGAAGGAUGCUAUUACCAAAUUCUACCCGAUAAGGUACAUUCCCCACGCCGAUGAAAGUGUUGUAGCUUGCAAGCCAAUCACUGGAAGGACGCACCAAAUCCGGAUCCAUUUAGCCAGGCUUGGUCAUCCCAUAGUCAACGAUAAUGUAUAUUGUUCACAGAUUACCAAGUAUCCUGAAAGGCUAAAUUUUAUCAUUCAAGUUCUCAAAUGGGAGGAUCAGCCGGGACUGGAUACCGACAAAUUGAGAGUGAGUUUUCAAAAAAUUAUUGAAGAAACGAAAAGUAAUUGUCAGACUAUGAAAUCAUCGUGUUCAGAAUGCGAUGUCAUCGAAUUAAAAGACCCAUUGCUGUCAGACUUAGAAUUAUGGCUGCACGCUUGGAAGUAUGAGGACGCUGAAGGCAAGUUCAAGUUUGAAACAGAACUACCAAACUGGGCGCAAAUAAUCAAUAGUUAG